ACCUACCUACCUACUGUUCAAUUUUAACGAAUUGCAGAAACAUUCAGUGUUAAACAUUUAUGUGGUGAAUCAAGAUAGUGAUUUGAAUUAGUGAAUCUGAAAUUUCUGUAGUUGAUCUGUGAGAUUUCCGUAACAUAAAAUGUACAGGUUUUUAUUAGGUUUGGUACUGUGUUUAUUCUGCCUCGCUAGCUGUGUUCUAUUGACUCAUGGCCAAGUAGAUUGUAUUUCAGAAGAUGAUAAUAAUGAGCAACUACAACAAUGUGAAGAAGAUUUCUUCUGCGACUCUGACUUUAGGUGUAAAAAAUGUGCGUCAUGUGAAAAUUAUGACCCAUUAACUUCGAGCUCGUGUCCAAAAUCCUUUGGAGAAUGUGGUUUAUGUCGUGAAGGUUACGAGUUUCACAGCCCUGGGAAGUGCGUGGUGCGAUAUUCCCUAGGGUUUUUAUUUCUCUGGGUGGGUGCGGGCACCAGCAUUCUUGUCGUAGUUGGAAUCAGUUCUGCUCUUUAUUAUAUGCGCAAGAAAAACAAUUCCUACUGUUGUUCAGUAAUGAAUCCUGUUCGAGAGGGUGGCAAUCUCAGUUCAAUCAUGAUAACUCCGACCGCCCCGAAACUGCAUACCGAGGCGCUGCUGCCUUCAUACACAGCCCCAAAAAGUGAAUCAACGAAGUCUUUUCUGGACCAGCAAGAAUAUGAAUUGGAAAGGUGGCAGAUGGCGAACCCUUACAGUAACUGUGUCCGGCUCCCUCCUGAUCAUCACAGGUACAAAAUCAAUGAGGGCGAAAACGGCGACGUGGCAAUCCAAGAAGAUGGUACUGAAGCAGAAAAUAUAUUGAAUAACAAUGAACUAGUACCGAUGUCUCAAUGGAACAACCGGAGUGAGCAAGAUGGCGGUUUGUUACUGCCUGUACCCGCAGACCAGACAGAGCACCUACCUCUGAUGGACACCACCGAUCGGGAGCAAGAUAACCAUGGCAUGGAAAGCACAGAUCUUGGCCUCUACAGUAACCCAAACUCGACGGCACCCCAAGGCGAUGCCACGUCGGACCCCGCGUCCCAGCAACUCAUUGUUCAGAUCAUAAGCAAAAUUUCUCCGAUUCUCAACUUACAGGGAAACAAUAAUAGCAAGUAACCGACUCAGAACCAAAUACAUAGUAUACCAAAAUACAUAGUUUCAAAAGAUACCUACCUCAUAAACAAUAAGAUAAGAUUGCGCGUCAUUAGUAAAUAAAAAUAAGUAGAAGUGUCAAAAUGACAUCUUUUUUAGGAAGAUCUACUUCUCUACUUAGGUACACUUUUAAUAAUAUUAUCUACUAGCUGUUGUUAAUAUUAUCUACUAGCUCACGGACAUUGCUAUACAUUUAUUUAUAUUUUUUUUUAUUACGCAAAUCCUGUGUAGGUAUACAGUAUUUUUGUUGUCAGUGCUCCUAAAGGCUUUAAGCAUGCUUUGAUAACUUUUGCCUGCGAAUCCGUACGCACAAUGACCAGUUUUUCGCUUCCGUGGGAAUUCUUAGAAAUCCUAUAAUUAUUUACUACACUAUCUAAGGAAUAUUUACUUGUUACUAAGUAAAGUAAGUAAGUUGUAAUGUAUCUAAUCUAUCCUUCAUUUAAAUAAUUACCUAUCAAAACUAAUUUUAUUUUAUAAUAAUUAUGAUCAGUAACUAAGCUUAGUUAUUUGGCAUCAUUAGUACUUAUAAAAUAAACAAUAGCUCUUUAUUUACCUACAUUUUAAAAUAAUGUUGUACGUAUCAUUACAUUACAUUAGUCAGAUAAAUUAUUGUCGGUGACAUUUUACUUGUGAUCUCAAAUCUAUCGCAUCUCAAUUUUGUGACUCUCAUACAAACCUAGUAGGUAAGUAUUUACAUGUACUUAGGUCUUUUUUGGUACUUUUAAGAAUGUGUCCGGCAAUUGGUACCGAGAUUCCACUUGGCUUAAAUGAAAAAAAAUAAUGUAGGUAUGUCGUCGUGGGCCAAUCGCAUAACCGGGGCGGGCGAACCUUAUUUGCCUGGCCGCAUCAUGGUCGGCAGGGCAAAUAUUCAGACUUCAUAAGGUAUUUAAGGAAUAAAUCACGAUAUAUACUGAUUCACUUAUGCCUUAUCUUCUCUCUUUUUUUAACAAUUGGGAAUACAUCAAAGAUAAAGAGAGGAGGUAAAACAUAAAUGUCGUACAUGUGUUUGUGAAUAGAUAAGUCUCCUGGUCAUGCCAUGAUCGAGCCAAUUAUUAAAUCUGCCCACGACAAAUAUCCAAAUCGUUUUAAAUUUUGGUGUAUAAAAAAAGUAAGUAGGUACUGGGUUUUUAAACCCUGUAUUAAUGUACUGAUAUUACUUACUUUUUAAGAUUUUUUGAAGACGAAUUUAUGGCAUAGCAUGAUACUCUACAUAGGUUUAUUCCACUAGGUAUACUAUACCUAUAACGUAAGUACUAUUUUUAGAGGUGAUAUCUUCCUGGUGUACAAAGAUAGACUAUAGAUUGUUUUCAGAAGAACCAAGUGGUAUUCUCUACACGAAAUACCUAAUUGAAUAUACUGAAGUGGAGGAAUUGUUUCACCAUGGAAUCAGUUUUAUGAUAUGAGCAAAAAUGACUCCUUUUUAUUAAUUUUAAACAUCCUGUCUACAUACCUAGGUCGAAUUAUUUCACUUUAAGUUGCUAUAUAAGUUCCAUAAAAGUUCCUGUAAGUGAAGGACACUAAAAUGUCUCUUUUUACCUGUGAGAUGUCACCUAUUACAUACUCAUAAUGAAAGUAACCAUCCCAAAAAUCUCUUUACGGUAGGUAAGUACAUAUAAGUUUUAGCCAUUUAUAAUGUGCGAGACAAAGAAAAAAUAAAAAUGUAUCAUCCACUUAUGCAAUGUAAACCUACAGUCGUGUGCGCAGCGCUAGAUAUAUGUUGUAACACGGGUAAAACUGUAUAUUUGCUCCCACAGCGAUAGGCAGGAUUGUAGCGAAGAAAACAAAACUACUUAUCUAUUUUCCUAUUUUUUUACCACAUUUUACGCAAUAAAGAUAUCAUUAAUUUAUUGUACAGGGAAGUAUAUGUAAGUACCGGCACGCGUUAAAUUAUAAAUACUUAUAUUUGUGUUAAAUUUGAUUGAAUUUUUCAAUAAUGUUGUACUCGUAUUAAGUUAUUAUCUUUAAAUAAAAUUAUUGUUGAGUAAUUUUAGUUUUAUUCAACACAAUUCACUUAGGUAGAUAGAUACCUUACAUAUUACGUAGUUCUCAUUUACAGCCGUUCUUUAGAAAUGGUUGGUACCUAUGAAGGGAUGCUGAUAAGAUAAAUUUAUUUGGCAAAACAUUACAUUUUACUCCAAUAUAAUAACACCUUUAGGGCCCUGUUUCGGCUCCCCCGCUACUGCAGUGCAUCAGGCAUGUUCGCAGAUGCAGCGAUAGAUGACUUCUACGCAAUCAUGCGCAAGAAGUCGCUAUCGCUCAUACGCAGGGUCAGGGGGAGCGGGAACAGAGUCCUGAGGAUGAUAGCAGACAGGAUGGACGCAGCGGUCUUCAGGAGGUUCACUGAGUUACAUGUGACGAGGUGAACCUUCUGAGAACCAUGUAAGUAAACUUAAACUUAAACUAAAAAUUAAAAUUAUUAUUAUUAUUAUUUUGUAAUGGAAUUUAUUAUUAUUUAAUUUAUUAUUAUUAUUCAAUGAAUGUAUUAAAAUGUAAUUUUGUGUCAACGAUAUGGGUCUAGAA